AUGCCAGGCACAGCAAGGACGAUGGAGCCGAAGCGCAAGGUGACUCCUCCGUCACCUUCUUACAUGACAGACGAGCAGUUCGGUCUUCGGUCAAACCGAGUCGCCAGGCCUGGAGGUGCAAGACCUCAACCAGCCGGUGCUCGUCCAGUUCCUAGCCGCUCGAGUUUGCACCGACAUAGUACGGGCCGAUUCACGCAUGAUCUUGCUUCUCCUGCCGAGAGCGCACCACCUAUUCUCGACCGUAAGGACUCGAAAAGUCCUAGUGUUGCUGGUGGCAGUCUUGCCUCUAGAUACUCUACCAUCAGCAGAAAAAGCCCAGAUUACUAUCCAACUUCAGCUACAAACCCUUUGAGGCCAUCCGACGUUGUUCCCUCAGCCACAUACAUGGAACGAGGUCAAAGAUGGAUGGAGAAGGAAGAGGCAAGCUCAUUGCGCGACGCAAUGGAGGAGAUGGACAUAAGGAAGAGUACAAAAUCGCCUGUUCAGGAGACACCUGAGGAUGAUACUCGUCUAUAUAAUGCUGCUCUCGAUGAAGCUGCUGAGCUUGUCUGGCAACAUCAGCAUGGGACGCCUUCUCCCCGUCCCGAAGGGCCCUACCGCUAUAAGCCACAUCUCAGAAAGAAUAGCUACGCCCAUGCUCGUACUGCUAGUGUCGGUGGUACGCGAUCAUGCUCAGGCAGUUCUUCGGAUGGUGAAGGCGUCGAACGUGAAAGCCGACCUGAGUUAGAGCAGAGGCAGCCAAGCAUACAGCCAGAUCACAAACACAAGACAUACGGCAGUAUUGGUCGUUCAGGCAAGGCUCCAGAGCAGAGACGCCAGGGAAGUCUGAAAAGAAACAUUAGCGGGGAAGUAGGGCGUCCCUUUUCUGGAGAUCAGAUUUGGGAAGAGCCUGAAGUCUCAACUUCUGAUAACAUGAGCUUUUCUGGUCGUGCAUCACCCGAGAAGCUUGGCAACCGAGCUCAGGCGGCCACAAACCGAGUCCGCUUUGAUCCAACCCGGGAAAAAGAAGAAAAGGCCAAGCCCCUUGAGCGAGUUGAAAUACACCGCAAUCCUCCCACACGCUCUCGCAAUCCUCUCUAUACAAGAAACCUCUCCAACGACGGCUCCGUCUCUGUCGAUGACAAGGUAGAGAGAAAGAACGGCAUGGAAGUUCGGAGUCAGGACAUUCGCGCGGCCACGAGCAUGCGCUUGAAAGAUCGCAGCCCAAACCUCCCGGAACCCACAGCCGUCAGUGACAGUCCGGGACGGCCCAUUGUAAGCUUCGACGCCAACUGGAAAGCCCCGGACGAGUCCACUGAUACCACCCCAGACCGGUCGCUUCCGGCAACCCCCAGCAGGUCCUCCUCCUCCUUCGCCCAGCCGGAGAAACCCAUGGCGGUACCUAGUAUCGUUGUGGCGGAGGAAAGUUCGCCGAUGCCCAGGGCGCCAACGGGAACGAAAAUCCCGUCGAUCUGCAUAGACGAGACAUCCCAUAACCCUAGAGGCUCCGUACCAUCGAUCAGCGUCCCCGAUAUUGCUAUCAAUGAGGCUCCGGGUAAGGGAGGCAGCAUUCCUGCAAUCAUAGCCCCUGACGACAAAAGGAAUUUAACCUCCCGUCCGCUACCUGAUCCCGAUGUUAGGGGAGCACCCCGUUCUGCUCAAAAGCCUCGUGGCCAUUGGUCCCCAGCCCCUGGCAGCAAUAGGCGAGCCGUCACGAUUUGCCAUGAAUGUGGCAUGCCCAUUGAAGGGCGUUUUGUGGCCCUGGCGGGAAGCAAUGAACGAUUCCAUCCGCAGUGUUUCAGCUGCUAUACUUGUGGUACUAACCUACAGGCGAUGGAAAUUAGCCAUGAGCCUGAUCAUCUUCGUCAGGAGCGGCUUGAUCGCAUCAGACGUCGCGCGGCUGGCGAGAUGCUCGAAGAGGAGCCGGGCAAAACGAUGUCCGAAGACGGAGAUGAGCGUCUGCGAUUCUUUUGUCACCUCGAUUGGCAUGAGCUGUUUGCGCCGCGUUGCAAGCACUGCCAGACCCCUAUUCUCGGUGAACACAUAGUAGCUCUUGGAGCUCACUGGCACUAUGGACACUUCUUCUGUGCCGAAUGUGGUGACCCAUUCGACCACGGCAUGACACAUAUCGAGAAGGAUGGCUAUGCGUGGUGUAUCAACUGCCAGACGAAGCGCACCGAACGACGAGCUCCGAAGUGCAGGAAAUGCCGUACAGCUGUCAUCGGACAGUAUAUCCAAGCGCUAGGCGGAGAGUGGCAUGAGCAUUGCUUCCGAUGCGCCGAGUGUCAGGGCGGUUUCGACGAUGGCCAAAUCUUCACUAAGCAUGUGCCCGAAGGCACUAUCGUGCUCUGUACUGGAUGCCGAGCUAUGGAACUCAAAGCGUAA